AUGCAUCUAUUUAUUUACUUCUACCUCCUAAUGAGCUUUUUUGAAGAAGUGCAUGGUUUUUGUCCUUCACAAUGCACUUGCGUUUACCAUGGCAGAAGUGAUGGCACUGGAACAAGGUCUGUGCUCUGUAAUGAUCCUGACAUGUAUGAGAUCCCUGUGAAUGUUCCUGUGGAUACUGUAAAACUUCGUAUAGAGAAAACUGUCAUACGAAGGAUUCCAACUGAAGCCUUUUACUACCUAGUGGAUCUCAAAUACCUGUGGGUAACUUACAACUGUGUAGCCAACAUUGAUAUCAGCAGUUUCUAUAACUUGAAACAACUGCAUGAGCUACGGCUGGAUGGUAAUCUGCUCUCGACUUUCCCUUGGGAAUCGCUGGCAGAGAUGCCCAACCUACGGACUCUUGGGUACCUGAGAAACCUCACCUACCUGGACAUAUCCAGCAACAAGCUAACGACCUUGCCAUCAGACUUGAUGGACAUUUGGCCCCCCUUCUCAGAAGCUGUCCUGUCCAAGAACACAGACAUUCUGGUGACCCAGAGAGUCAUUUUGGGUUUGCAGGACAACCCAUGGUUUUGUGACUGUCGCAUUUCAAAACUAAUUGAAUUUUCCAAAAUUGUGGACAACUCAGUUGUACUGCUUGAUCCGCUGGUUUCAUGUAGUGGACCUGAGAGCCUGGCAGGAAUCUUGUUCCAGAGAGCUGAGUUAGAGCAGUGUCUUAAACCAUCUGUGAUGACGUCGGCGACAAAAAUCACUUCCCCGCUGGGAAGCAACGUUCUGCUACGCUGUGAUGCAACUGGGUACCCAACACCACAGCUUACUUGGACUAGGUCAGACAAUAUACCAGUGAACUAUACAGUAAUUCAAGAAACACCUGGAGAGGGUGUCAGAUGGUCCAUAAUAAGCUUGACAGGCAUUUCAUACAAGGACGCAGGAGAAUACAGAUGUAAAGCCAAUGAAGUAAUGUCAGAAAAUGCUGUUACUGUCACGGUGGUUGGUGUAGUUACUACAACUGUGUCACCCCAGAAGUAUGGAAGGAAGCAAGAGGCAGAGAGACAGAAUACCACUCAGGAGAAAUCCAAGCAGGAACCUGAGAGGACAACCACACCUCUUCCUACCACACCAACCACCACAGCACUGGUUAGCACUGAAAGAUCAACGAGCACCAGGUUUACUGACAAGAAGCAAUCCAGGCCUGUGUUUGAUGGAAAGAAAAAUUCAAAGGCAGUGGCAAAUGGAAACAAAAAGCAGACUGGGGAGAUAAGCAAGAAGGGGGAGGAGAUUUCAUUGAAUACAGCAGGUAUGGCUGAGCAAAAUGUUACUGUAAAGAACCUAAGAGUGAUCAGCGAAACCGAUGAAAGAGUGACUUUAACUUGGAAAACCGUCAAUGCCACAAGCAACUCUGCAGUGACUGUGUUAUACUCAAAGUACGGUGAGAAAGAUAUGUUGCCUCUGAGCACUGAUUCUAGCAAAAACAAAGUCACUAUUGAUGGUUUGCAACCUAGUACUCAAUAUAUGGCAUGUGUCUCACCCAAAGGAGUGCCACCUACAAAAGAGCAGUGCGUUAUUUUCUCCACUGAUAGGUUAAAUGAUGAAAGCAGCUCUCAGUUUUCUAUCCUGAUAUUGGCCAGCAGUGCAGCAUGUGUGGUUGUUUUACCUUUGAUAUUCUUCUUACUCUACAAAGUUUUGAAACUUCAUGUGAAACCAAAAACUGCAAAGGAAGCUGACCUUGCAAAAGAGACCUAUGUGAAAUUUGAAACACUAUCUCUGAAGCCUCGAACAGCGAAUGCAGGAGAGCAGCUCUGGGCACGAAGGUACACAGAUGAGUCGGAAAGACUUCUCCUUUGUUCUAGGUCAAGCAUGGAUUCUCAAAUGACCUUCAAAAGCGAGGGCUCUAGGUCUGAGUAUCUCUGUUGA